AUGCUAUCCACAAGGUCAAAAGUGCAACUCGAAUGGCGAGUUCCUCCCGCCCGGUACCCCACCCAAACCCCACCUGAUACUCCAGCCCAUCAACAACCCGACGACUGGAGCCCCUUCGAGUCGCGGCUGGCAUUUGAGACAGCCGACUUUGUGUUUCGGGACGUCCAGAUGUCAGCUCGACACAUCAACAUCCUCUGUCGACUGUGGGCUUUGUCCCUCGUAAAGCACCACGACAACCCUCCCUUCCUCAGCCAUAAACAAGUCUACGACACCAUCGACGCUUCAACGCUUGGAGAAGUCCCUUGGCAAACUUUCUCUGUCACCUACAACGGCCCAAAACCCGUUCGCAACGCCCCACCAUGGAUGUCCGCCGGGUACGACGUGUGGUUUCGCGACCCGCAUCAGGUCGUCAAGAACAUUCUGGCCCGCCCCGACUUCAAGGACGAGAUCGACUUCUCCCCUUACCGCGACUACGACAAGGAUGGUGUUCGUCAGUACGAGAAUUUAUUCUCGGGUGACUGGGCUUGGGAGCAAGCAACCAAGAUCUCUGAAGACCCAGAAACGCACGGCUCCACUUUUGUGCCGGUCAUCCUCGGAAGUGACAAGACAACAGUCUCCGUUGCGACCGGUUUGACCGAGUAUUACCCACUGUAUCUUUCCAUUGGUAAUGUCCACAACAACACACGGCGCGCUCGCCGGAACGCAGUCGUACUUAUCGGCUUUCUCGCAAUCCCAAAAACGACCAAGGCGUUCUCUGCUGACCCAAAUUUCCGCAAGUUCCGCCGCCAGUUGUUCCACGCCUCCCUCGCCGCAAUCCUCCAGUCCCUGAAGCCCUAUAUGACGAAGCCCGAGGUCGUUCGAUUCGGAGACGGGUAUCACCGUCGAGUGCUGUAUGGUCUCGGGCCAUACAUUGCCGAUUACCCCGAACAGGUUCUGCUUGCAGGCAUUGUUCAGGGAUGGUGCUCACGAUGCUUGGCCUUCCCAGACGACCUCGACACCGAAUGCAUGCAACGAAGCCGGCACCAUAACGAGACGCUCGUUCAAGAGCUUCCGCCAGGGGUACUCUGGGAUGAGUAUGGGCUGAUUGCCGAUGUCGUGCCCUUCACAAACGAUUUCCCCCGAGCAGACAUACACGACCUCAUCGCGCCCGAUAUCCUCCACCAGCUCAUCAAAGGCACCUUCAAGGAUCAUCUCGUCGACUGGAUCGAACAGUACCUGGAGAAAACUCACGGGAAAUCACGAGCGGCCCAGAUUCUAGACGACAUCGAUCGACGGAUCUCUGUUGCUGCCCCCUUUGCGGGCCUACGGCGAUUUCCCCAAGGAAGAGGAUUUAAGCAAUGGACCGGGGACGACUCCAAGGCCCUGAUGAAGGUUUACCUUCCCGCCAUCGAGAAUCAUGUUCCCCCAGACAUGGUCCGCGCGUUCCGCGCGUUUCUCGAAUUUUGCUAUUAUGUCCGACGCAACGUCAUCACGGAGAACGACUUCAAGGCGAUGGACGACGCCCUCGCACGCUUCCAUCGAUAUCGCAAGAUCUUUGUUACCUCUGGCGUCAGCAUGACACUCUCCCUCCCUCGCCAACACUCCUUGGUUCACUACCGGUAUCUCAUACAACGGUUCGGCGCACCGAAUGGCCUCUGCUCCUCAAUCACGGAGUCCAAACAUAUUGCAGCUGUGAAGGAACCCUGGCGCCGGUCGAGUCGGUUUAAUGCCCUUGGCCAGAUGCUUACCACCAAUUCUCGGCUCGACAAGCUUGUCGCAUGUCGCGUCGACUUUGACGCUCGGGGGAUGCUUUCCGGGGAUGGAUUUGAAGAGGAACUGGCUAUAUUGGACGAACUCGAUGAGCUACUACAAGACUUUCCCGCCGAAGGCCUCGAGGCUGACUCCCAUCCUAACAAUCUCCGCAAUCGCGAGCCCCGCUCCCGCUCACUAGAGUCCGAUCCCACCGACGAACAGGAGCUCAACGGCUCGCGGCGGAUCAAGACUGUUGGUAGGGUUGAUGGGAGGGAACUUGAGGCCGAGGUUAAGCUGGCGAAAAGCCGAGCCCGAAAACGCGCUCGAACUCUACUCGAUCUGGCCCAAGAAGUCAGCGCGCCUUCCAUCAUUGAGGAGACCCGCCGGUUCCUCUUCUCUACUCUCCACGGGAACGAUCCCCGACUCAAAUAUAACAUCCACAUUCCAAUCGAAGAAUGCCCACGCGCACCCUUCAAGGUGACUGUGGUCAACUCUGCAGUUUCGACGUUCCGAGCUCCCAGCGACAACUGCGGAACGGGUGGGCUCAAGCGUGAACGCAUUCGUGCAACGCCGUCAUGGCGAAACGAAGCUCCUCGUUACGACUGCGCGUUCUUGCUCACAAACGAAUCUCUUCCUGGAAUAUUCUCGAUGGACGUCGCUCGCGUUCUCGCGUUCUUCAAGUUCAGCCUCCAGGGGAAGACGUACGAAUGUGCGGUCGUGCACUGGUAUGGAUAUUACUCAGACGAGCGCGAUGAGCUUACGGGGAUGUAUAUCGUCCAGCCCCAGUAUAGAAAGGACGGCUCACGACACAUUGCUGUCGUUGACGUUGACACAAUGGUGAGGGGCUGUCAUCUUCUUCCUGUAUUUGGGAAAGACACCAUUCCCGAAGGUAUGACCUGUCACGACUCAUUAGAUAGCUUCGACGGAUACUACGUCAACCGGUUUGUUGACCAUCACGCGUUCGAACUAGCAUGAUACACAUAUUAGGCUUUACGGACUUUGUUGUAAUUUACGC